UUUCUUUCCCUCUCUCCCACCUUUAUCUUCAUCACCUUUCCCUCCCCACCCCCCUCCUUCAUUGUCUUGGGAAGUGUUACUGUUAAGUCGGCGUCACAUUGGAUCAACAUCUGAGAUUGCGUUACAGGGUUCAAAGGAUUUUUCUCCCCAUUUGGAUCUCUUUGUCAUCAAGCUAUAUAUAGCGUCACUCUAAUGGCUACAGGAGGGGCGGCUUUCCAAUUUCUCUUCUUGAAUCUUCUCAUUUCCUGCUUGUAUGGGGCAUCUUCUGCAAGUAUGAACUUCCAUGAACACACAGAUCUUGAAAAGGGAAAGCAGCAUCUGCAGGCACUCCAUUUCUCCAGAAAAGAUGUGCAAAACCAUGUUCCAUCUUGGGUAAAUCCAAUCAAUCAUGAUCAACUAAUGGAAGAUCUAUCACCACCCACAACUCCAGUUACUAACCCUGUCACAACGCCAGUUACCAACCCAGUCACAACCCCAGCCAAUCUCCCGCCGGCGGUCAAUUUCCCUCCGGCAGGCAUCGUCACCGUCCCGGCCACAACCCCAACCCCGUCGGCUCAGACGCCACCCACCCCGGUUUCUACCCCUCUCCCAGUCCCCUCCACAAACCCAAAUCCAGUGAACACACCACUCCCUGCCGUCACUAAUCCUGUUACAACACCCGCCGGAGCCGGAGGCCUCCCUGUCACGCCGCCGGCUGCGGCGACCAAUCCGCCGGCUGUUGCCGGCGGAGGUCAGAGUGGGAGCUGGUGCGUGGCGAGGAGUGGAGUGCCGGAGAUUACUCUGCAAUCUGCGCUGGAUUAUGCUUGCGGGAUUGGAGGUGCGGAUUGUUCUACCAUUCAGCAGAGUGGGAGCUGCUACAACCCAAAUUCUCUGCAGAAUCAUGCUUCUUUCGCAUUUAAUAGCUAUUAUCAGAAGAAUCCCGUGCCCACUAGCUGUGACUUUGGGGGAGCUGCCAUGGUUACUAGUACAAAUCCAAGCUCGGGUUCUUGUGUUUACCCAACAUCAGGAUCAUCUUCAUCUUCGUCUCCGUCUUCAUCUUCAUCUUCUUCAUCACCGCCGACACAAAAUCCAACUCCAUCAGCUCCGAUCACUACGCCCACUACACCUCCAACCACAGCUUCAUCAUCUGGAACAGGAUUAUUGCCCGACUCGGGCACACCUCCACCAUUGUUGAAUGCAAGCUAUCCUGUGCCUGGAGGGGAAAUGCCUGGCAUGGGAGAUGGCAUUCCUCUUGGAAACACCUCCACAAUAUCCAUGUCGCCCAUUAAUCUGCAACCCUUUGUUGGCUGCAUUUUUCUGGUGGCAUCCAUCUGUACUGGGACACUUGCUCUGAGAAUCUGAUGGAUGGAGUCCCAAAUUUGCAAACUGGAUCUUGGCUUUCAAGUUUCAAGCUAGCUAUAUGUACAGUUCCGUUGGAGGAAAACAGCGAGGUUUAGAGAUCAGAGCUAUACCUGUAUACCAUCCCAUCCCAGUUCUGUUCACAAGUUAGUACACCUUGAUUCAAAGCCCUUAGAUAAUAUGCAGAUCUUUCAUGUUUUAGUGGUUAUGAAUAUUAAUUCAGAUUAUUAUGAAAUAGGUUAUCAGUAGAUUCAUGGUUUAAAUGAAAGAGUUAUGUAAAUCAAAUUCUUGUUUCAUU